CUCUUGGAGUUAGACAUAUCGGAGGAUCCGAGAAGUUUCAUCGCCCUGUCUAUAAAAAUGGCGACACGUCUCCUCAGGCUCGGAACCGCGUUGCGGACACAUUCUGAGAAAACAAGUCUUGUCAAGAGCCGCAAGCAAUGGCAGUCGACAGCUGCCUCCUUGAAGGAGGUUCUGAUCAAUCAACCACCUACAAAGACAACAAUGAUGAACAGUGGGAUGAGAGUAGCUAGUGAAGAUACUGGUGCCCCAACAGCAACUGUUGGGCUAUGGAUCGACGCAGGAAGCCGAUGUGAGACUGACAAGACCAAUGGAGUUGCUCAUUUCAUGGAGCACAUGGCCUUCAAGGGGACAGCAAAGCGAUCGCAAACCGACCUGGAGCUUGAGAUCGAGAAUAUGGGGGCCCAUCUUAAUGCCUACACGAGUCGAGAGCAAACUGUUUUCUAUGCGAAAUGUCUCUCUCAGGAUGUGCCCAAGGCCAUUGAGAUACUCAGCGAUAUAAUUCAGAAUUCGAAGCUGGGGGAGAGUGAGAUCGAGCGUGAGAGAGGUGUAAUUCUCCGAGAGAUGCAAGAGGUUGAGACGAACUUGCAGGAGGUGGUGUUUGAUCAUUUGCACGCAGUGGCAUACCAAGGCACUCCCCUGGGUCGAACGAUCCUCGGGCCCACUGAGAACAUCAAGUCCAUCACCAGGAACGACCUUGUGAACUACGUGAGGACCCACUAUGGACCUCCAAGGUUUGUGCUGGCUGGUGCUGGUGGUGUUGAUCACGCCCAAUUGGUGGAUCUCGCUGACAAGCACUUUGGCAAGAUGAAGGGGCCCCACUACGAUGAAAUUCCACCGACUCUGGUGCCAUGCCGUUACACAGGCUCGGAGAUUCGAGUUCGUGAUGACUCGAUCCCUUUGGCCCACAUCGCCCUGGCCGUUGAGGGUGCUGGAUGGACCAGUGCUGACAACAUCCCUUUGAUGGUGGCCAAUACACUGAUGGGAGCCUGGGAUCGCAGUCAGGGUGGUGGUGUAAAUAAUGCCACCAAUCUUGCGCGGGCAUCUGCUGAGGACGGACUCUGCCACAGCUACCAGAGCUUCAACACCUGCUACAAGGACACUGGACUCUGGGGGGUUUACUUCGUCUGUGAUCCUAUGCAGUGUGAGGACAUGGUUUGGAACAUCCAGCAGGAGUGGAUGAAACUCUGCUCUAGUGUCACGGAGAAGGAGGUCAACCGGGCGAAGAACAUCCUCAAGACCAACAUGCUGCUGCAGCUCGAUGGCACCACUGCCGUCUGCGAGGACAUUGGGAGACAAAUGCUGUGUUAUGAUCGAAGAAUUCCUCUUCAUGAACUUGAGGCCAGAAUAGACAGUGUGAAUGCUAAAACAGUUCAAGAAGUUGGAAUGAAGUACAUCUAUGACCACUGCCCAGUCGUCGCCGCAGUCGGUCCAGUAGAGAACCUAACAGAUUACAACAUCAUCAGAUCUCAGCAGUACUGGACCCGAAUUUAAGUCCACCCCAAAAAUUUAGCGAAUAAAAAAAAACUAAAAUCAUGGUGAAAUCGUGUCGUCAAAUCCCCACGAUCUGACAUGGACACGAAACUUAUUCGAUAGUGAAGUGUAAACUCAUUGUAAAUUCUUUCCACGAAUGAAAGAACAGGGGAUAAUCGUCUCGUAAUAGUCACGAGUUCCACAAAAAUCUCCCCCCAUUAUUUAUCAUGUGAAACAGCAACUGUAAAAAUAUUAUGUAAUUACCUGAAGAACUCACUUUACUUCGUUAAUACGAAAAAACUUUAAUGAAAAAUAUACAAUUCGUCGUUUUUA